GAGAGUGCCAUCUAGUGAAAACAGCGCGAAACACCAGUGUGUGUUCAUUGUGAAUAUUAUUAUAUUGUGAUAAUUUGAAAAAUCCUCUUCUAUCAAAAUGCCCGGACGUCCUAUUUGGCAGUGCGCUGGUAAACGCGAACCAGAAAAAGAGGCAGAAGCUCAACGGUGGAUUGAAUCGGUUAUCGGUGAGCGGUUCCCUUCCGACCUUCCCUACGAGCUGGCUCUCCGUGACGGCAUCAUCCUUUGCAAGUUGAUGAACAGACUCCAACCCGGUAUUAUUCCUAAAGUCAACAUCUCUGGGGGAGACUACAAGUUCAUGGAUAACAUCAGCCAAUUCCAAAAGGCUUGCAUCAAAUAUGGUGUGCCCGAUGUCGACCUUUUCCAAACUACGGAUUUGUGGGAUCAAAAGAAUAUCGUAUUAGUCACACAGACUAUUUUUGCUAUUGGUAGAACGGCAUACAAACACCCGGAAUGGCGCGGCCCCUUCCUCGGACCCAAGCCUGCUGAAGAAAACAAACGUGCCUUCAGCGAGGAUGUUCUUCGAGCUGGGGAGUCCGUCAUCGGUCUUCAGGCUGGUACAAACAAGUUGGCCUCACAGUCUGGACAAAACUUUGGAGCCUCGCGUAAAAUUAUUCUUGGGAAGUAAAGUACCAGGAAACUAUAACUUCGAAGAAUUACUGAUUAUAGUUUCUCAUACUUUUUUGUCUAGUAAUAUAUAUACUCUAUUGUACACAGCUAGUUUUUAUAUUCUUGCUGUGAUCAGUUUAAAUAUGUAAGCAUUGCGAAUAUUUGUUUUUCAUUUCAUUAAACUGGACUGCGUAGUUUAGUGCCUCGGCGGUUUUGUGGUCAAUUAAUAAAAUACAUCACGCGGUGAUCUUAUAGAUUAGUUUUAAUUUAUAACUAUAUUUGUAGCUUUUGUUAUAUGUAUAAUCUAUUAUAUUUUAUCAUGGUCUGUUGCAGAUUACACAAUUAAAUUUAAAUUAAUAGCAUGAUGAUGAUUGAAUGAUAAUAAGAUAAUUGUAUGGUAAUUUGUCAAUAAUUUUAUACAUUUUGUCUACUGUCUUCAAUUUAAAAGUAAAUAUUUGUCAUUUAUUAAUAUUAACCUUAAAAAAAAGUACCUAUGUAGUACAAAGUAAAUGUCUCUAUUUCCAAUCUGUAAAACGAAAUAACAAGGUUUAUUGCAUACAAUUACAAUUAAAGGAUUAAUGCG